UAACUGUUUUUCCUAUGCAGAAAAAAGCUAGAAUUGAAUUUCCUCAUCAAACAAAAAGACUACGAAAUUGUCAGAAAUUUUCUAUGUAGUAAUGGCUGCAAUUGUUACGACUUUUUGCAUAUAUGAUUUACUAUGUCUGGAUCGCAUGACCUUGAGCCUAAGCUUAGGCAUCUCUCACCAUACUGUUUAUUUCGAGAACUGUUAUAUUCCUCUUGAUUAUUUGCUCAAUUUAUAUUGAAGUUGCUGACCUUUUUGUUCAUUUGAUGGAUACAUGGUAUUGGUAUGUCUAGUAUCUUAUCACAAAUUUCAGUGACUUUCAACUGGCAUGUCUUGGAAGCUUUUUCCUCCAUGAGAGUGUUUUCUUCUUAUCCGGGCUUCCCUUUAUAUAUCUUGAGAGAGCAGGAUGGCUUAGCAAGUACAAGAUUCAGACAAAAAAUAACAGCCCUGCAGCUCAGGAGAAAUGUAUAACACGCCUGUUGUUGUAUCACUUUGGUGUCAACCUACCAGUUAUGAUUUUCUCAUAUCCUGUCUUCAGCUACAUGGGCAUGAGAAGUAGUCUUCCUCUGCCGUCCUGGAAAGUAAUUUUGACACAGAUAAUUUUCUACUUCAUCUUAGAGGAUUUUGUAUUUUACUGGGGACAUAGGGUUCUCCAUACAAAAUGGUUGUACAAACAUGUGCACAGUGUCCAUCAUGAAUAUGCAACACCUUUUGGACUGACAUCUGAAUAUGCUCACCCUGCUGAGAUAUUGUUCCUUGGCUUUGCGACUAUAGUUGGUCCUGCCAUCACCGGACCCCAUCUAAUAACACUUUGGUUGUGGAUGGUAGUAAGAGUAUUGGAGACAGUUGAGGCACAUUGUGGGUACCAUUUUCCAUGGAGCCUUUCAAACUUCCUUCCUUUGUAUGGCGGUGCUGAUUUCCAUGACUAUCAUCAUCGCUUACUUUAUACUAAGUCAGGCAACUACUCAUCAACCUUUACUUACAUGGACUGGAUAUUUGGCACUGACAAGGGCUACAGAAAGUUGAAAGAGCUGAAAAAAAUUGGAGCUGAAGAAGACAGCAAGGAGUACUAAGCAAAAACGAACCAUAUCAUAAUUUUUCAGAACUAGCUGCACUUCAAGAAAUGAGUUGCUUGGAUUUGAAUGAGUUCUGCCAGUGUCUCCAUCUCGCCUCAAUCUCAUCUUUGUGUGCAACCCACAACCCUUUUUGUGUUUAGUUGAUUUUUCUUUAGAGCGUUCACUAGUACUAGUGUGGACUAGGUGAAAAGCGAUCAAUGGACACUUUUUUCCUUCCUAUUCCUUGGUGAAUGAAGUAGCUACACUUUUUAUUCUUUUGCCCUCUAUUUUUAUUUUUAAUUUCUUUUCCCCGUUUUUUCUCUACUUCUUAAUGCUGCCCAACCCAUUUGAGUUUGAUUAGAUUUUUAUUUUAUUUUUUAAUUCUGUUCCCAGAAUUGGGGCAUAGUUUUAUAUUCUGAUGCAUUGUUAUUAUUAUGGAAGGUCAUUUCUUAAGCUUUGUUUAAGAUACUUUUAA